UAGGAGCAGCGUUGGCACCGGCGAACCAUGGCUGGGAUUUUCUAUUUCGUCCUCUUUUCGUUUCUCUUUGGGAUUUGCAACGCUGUCACCGGUUCCAGGGUGUACCCCGCGAACGAAGUUACCUUAUUGGAUUCCAGAUCCGUUCAGGGAGAACUUGGGUGGAUAGCGAGCCCUCUGGAAGGAGGGUGGGAGGAAGUGAGUAUUAUGGAUGAAAAAAAUACACCCAUCCGAACCUACCAAGUGUGCAACGUGAUGGAACCCAGCCAGAAUAACUGGCUCCGAACUGACUGGAUCACCCGAGAAGGGGCUCAAAGGGUGUACAUUGAGAUCAAGUUCACCUUGAGGGACUGCAAUAGUCUUCCAGGCGUCAUGGGGACUUGCAAGGAGACGUUUAACCUGUACUACUAUGAAUCGGACAGCGACAAAGAGCGUUUUAUCCGAGAGAGCCAGUUUGCCAAGAUCGACACCAUCGCCGCUGAUGAGAGCUUCACCCAAGUGGACAUCGGCGACCGAAUCAUGAAGCUGAACACUGAGGUCCGAGAUGUAGGGCCACUGAGCAAAAAGGGGUUUUACCUGGCUUUUCAGGAUGUGGGCGCCUGCAUUGCGCUGGUGUCCGUCCGCGUGUUCUAUAAGAAGUGUCCGCUCACGGUGCGCAAUCUGGCCCAGUUUCCAGACACCAUCACAGGGGCUGAUACGUCUUCUCUGGUGGAAGUCCGCGGCUCCUGUGUCAACAACUCAGAGGAGAAGGAUGUGCCAAAAAUGUACUGCGGGGCAGAUGGUGAAUGGCUGGUACCCAUUGGCAACUGCCUCUGCAAUGCUGGGCAUGAAGAGCGGAAUGGAGAAUGCCAAGCCUGCAAAAUUGGAUAUUACAAAGCCCUCUCCACAGAUGCCACCUGUGCCAAGUGCCCACCCCACAGCUACUCUGUCUGGGAAGGAGCCAUAUCCUGCACCUGUGAUCGAGGCUUUUUCAGAGCCGACAGUGAUGCUGCCUCCAUGCCCUGCACCCGCCCACCAUCUGCUCCCCUAAACUUGAUUUCAAAUGUCAACGAGACUUCAGUGAACUUGGAAUGGAGCAGUCCUCAGAACACGGGCGGCCGCCAGGACAUUUCCUACAAUGUGGUGUGCAAGAAAUGUGGAGCUGGUGAUUCUAGCAAGUGCCGACCCUGUGGCAGUGGGGUCCACUACACCCCACAGCAGAAUGGCCUGAAGACCACCAAAGUCUCCAUCACUGACCUCCUGGCUCAUACCAAUUACACAUUUGAAAUCUGGGCGGUGAAUGGAGUGUCCAAGUAUAACCCUAGCCCGGAUCAGUCAGUGUCUGUCACCGUGACAACCAACCAAGCAGCACCAUCAUCCAUUGCUUUGGUCCAGGCUAAAGAAGUUACCAGAUACAGUGUUGCCCUGGCUUGGCUGGAACCAGAUAGACCCAAUGGAGUGAUCUUAGAGUAUGAAGUCAAGUAUUAUGAGAAGGAUCAGAAUGAGCGAAGCUAUCGCAUUGUCCGGACAGCUGCCAGGAACACUGAUAUCAAAGGUCUGAAUCCUCUGACUUCCUAUGUUUUCCAUGUCCGGGCCAGGACAGCAGCUGGCUAUGGAGAUUUCAGUGAGCCCCUGGAGGUCACAACCAACACAGUGCCUUCUCGGAUCAUUGGAGACGGGGCCAACUCCACCGUCCUUCUGGUCUCCGUAGCUGGCAGUGUGGUGCUAGUGGUCAUUCUCAUCGCAGCUUUUGUCAUCAGCAGGAGACGGAGUAAAUACAGUAAAGCCAAGCAAGAAGCAGAUGAAGAGAAACAUUUGAAUCAAGGUGUUAGAACUUACGUGGAUCCCUUUACAUACGAGGAUCCCAACCAAGCAGUUCGAGAAUUUGCCAAAGAAAUUGAUGCAUCCUGCAUUAAGAUAGAAAAAGUCAUAGGAGUUGGUGAAUUUGGUGAAGUCUGCAGUGGGCGUCUCAAAGUGCCUGGCAAGAGAGAGAUCUGUGUGGCCAUUAAGACGCUGAAAGCCGGUUAUACAGACAAACAGAGGAGAGACUUCCUGAGUGAGGCCAGCAUCAUGGGACAGUUUGACCACCCGAAUAUAAUUCACAUGGAAGGCGUCGUCACCAAAUGUAAACCAGUGAUGAUCAUAACAGAGUACAUGGAGAAUGGCUCUUUGGAUGCAUUCCUCAGGAAGAAUGACGGCAGAUUCACAGUCAUUCAGCUGGUGGGCAUGCUUCGUGGCAUUGGGUCUGGGAUGAAGUACUUAUCUGAUAUGAGCUAUGUGCAUCGAGAUCUGGCUGCACGGAACAUUCUGGUAAAUAGCAACUUGGUCUGCAAAGUGUCCGAUUUUGGCAUGUCCCGAGUACUUGAGGAUGAUCCGGAAGCAGCUUAUACCACAAGGGGUGGCAAGAUUCCUAUCCGGUGGACUGCGCCAGAAGCAAUUGCCUAUCGUAAAUUCACAUCAGCAAGUGAUGUAUGGAGCUACGGAAUCGUUAUGUGGGAAGUGAUGUCGUAUGGAGAGAGACCCUAUUGGGAUAUGUCCAAUCAAGAUGUGAUUAAAGCCAUUGAGGAAGGCUAUCGGCUACCCCCUCCAAUGGACUGUCCCAUCUCACUCCACCAGCUGAUGCUAGACUGCUGGCAGAAGGAGAGGAGUGACAGGCCUAAAUUUGGCCAGAUUGUCAACAUGUUGGACAAACUCAUCCGCAACCCCAGCAGCUUGAAGAGGACGGGAACAGAGAGCUCCAGACCCAACACUGCCUUGUUGGAUCCAAGCUCUCCUGAAUUCUCCGCCGUGGUAUCAGUGGGCGACUGGCUGCAGGCCAUUAAAAUGGACCGGUAUAAGGAUAAUUUCACGGCUGCUGGUUAUACCACACUAGAGGCUGUGGUGCACAUGAACCAGGACGACCUGGCACGAAUCGGCAUCACAGCUGUCACCCACCAGAAUAAGAUUUUGAGCAGCGUCCAGGCGAUGCGAACCCAAAUGCAGCAGAUACACGGCAGGAUGGUUCCCGUCUGAGCCAGUACUGAAUAAACUCAAAACUCUUGAAAUUAGUUUACCUCAUCCAUGCACUUUAAUUGAAGAACUGCACUUUUUUUACUUCGUCUUCGCCCUAUGAAAU